GGCUCCACGUCGCACCUUUUGCAACGAGAGCGAUAAAUUCUACUAGGAAUAGGACGAGAAGCCGUCUUUCAGGAAAAAUGGAGGAGAGAUUCGUCGAGACCAACUUUAUCUUGCCCCUCUCAACCCUAAACCCUUCCCACCUAAGCUGCCCCCUAUAAAUUGCCAGUAUUCAUCACCAAAAUCUUCAAAGUAGUCUACUAAAAGGGACUUUGUACUACUACCUGAAGAAAAGCGAUGAAAGAUACACAUGUAUCGAAGAAACAUAAAUAGAGCAAGCAACAAGCUAUCCCCUACUAACGAAGCAUUGAUACAAGACAUUUUUUUCCCUUUCCCAAAAACAAUCAAUGAAUCAAUUCGAAAAAUUAAGGUACCUCAAGAAGGAGAACAUUCCUAGUACAACAAGAAAGCAAGCAACCGAAUUCCUAGUACAGAAAAGCAAACAAUUAUAGUUAGUGCAACAAGAAAGCAAACAAACAAGCAUAGUUAGUACAACAAGAAUGAUCGGCAUUCGCGAAAAGGAGAAGACCGUAGUGGUCAUCCGCUCGUCGGCACUUCAAGCGACGAGCGGCGCCCGACCAGAAGCCCUCGUUCAGAUCGAACAGAUUCUGACAGAGGCCGACUUGGAUUAUGGCUUCAUGCAAUAUUGUAGUAUUGUCAUGCAAUAUCAUACUGUAGUAUAAUUCAUCAGUAGUCUUCUUGUGGUCUUGUCAGUGGUCUUGCGGUAUUCAUCAGUAGUCUUGUGGUCUUGUCACUGGUCUUGUGGUAUUCAUCAGUAGUUUUGAAGUCUAGACUUUUUAUAGGAAUCCACUUACUCAUUUUGUGUUGUUGUACACACUGAGCCUCCUAAAGAAAAACAGUAGGAAUCUUUCUCCACUUAAAUUUAUACACCGCGGAGAGCGGAACGUAUCACGCUCAACAAGACUAGGUCUAAUCCCCAGUCGUUUCCCGAAAGCAGCUGUGCUUGAGCGGGAAAGAUGGUAAGACCUACGGCAUGGAUGAAGGUGGUUUGGUCGAUGUCUGCCUUUUGCAGCACAUGGACGGAGACACUGUCCGACGUGCCUUUGAGCCGUUACGGGUGUGCGAUGUGUACUGCGCUAAGAGCAAGUGGGAGGUACUACAGCUUCUGUUUUAUUUGCGAUGUUCUGGCGGUUUGCUUGUAUUCUAAGGGUCUAAGGUCUACAUGCACAUGCUUAUUUGCGACGCUGUGGUUUUUAGUAAAAUGCUAAAAGUACUAAGAGUAAGUGACGGGUCGUAUUGUUUUCAUCCAACAAUUUGUCGGGAAGCGAAAUAAAAAACUCACUGCACCACCUCAUGCUAGGCACAUUCAUUCACUCACUCACUCAUCCCGCACCUCCAUCAGUUUUUCUUUUUACUCCCACUUUUUAAUCUUAUUACACCAUCUUGUUCAGGCCCUUCGCGACCAGGAGUUUUUCUUUCCUUGUUUGGCGGGAUGCAGCGUUGAGAGGACCUUGGCCGUGAUCAAACCAGGAGUCACCUCUGAUGUAGUCGAAUACGUCACAAACUCCUUGAUGCAAGCUGGUCUUUUAAUGGUGGUACAGAAAAAUGUCACCUUGACGAAGGAACAAGCAGCGGAAUUGUACUUCUACGUCUAGAGUUUUCCUUGUACUUCCUUUCUACUAGUUCUCUAUAGAAGCCCUUCAAACAACAUAUUAAUCUACUAUUUCUCUAGAGAAGCCCCGUCAACUAGCGACGUACAUCAUCAAACAGAAACAGAUGAAUAUGUUGUACGCUAAAACUGAUGUACCAAGCAGAAGCAGAUGACUAUGUUGUACGCGACUACCAUUAUUCAGUAGUUUUUCAACAACUAACACAUGAAUAUAUAAGGUCGUUUAAUACAACGAACACAUGAAAAAUAAGCUGUACACCACUACAGGUCUGCUUCUGCUGGACACAUGAAAAAGAAUACAACGAACACAUACACCACUGCAGGUCUGCUUCUGCCGAAGAACAGGAAUAUUUGACUUCUGGAGCGAGUAUGGUCUGCCUCCUAGAGGGUCCAGGUGCAGUCGAUCGAUGGCGGUUGCUCGCUGGGCCAGAGACAAAAGCCGAAUUUGGAGCUGCAGUGAACACUAUCAUUAUGUCACGAGAGUUGUUUCUAGUCUCCAUAUAAAGUAUGCGUACGUGAGUUCAAGUUGUCCAUAAUAGUGUGAACGUCCUUGUAUUCGAGGGCGAUGAGCACUGUGAAGAUCAUCAAAUUACAAGUAUAAUUAACUCAAGACUUCUCUGUACUACUACUAGGUCUCUGGAUCCUGUGUGAGUGAUCCCUAACCUAACCUAACUUCUCUGUACUACUACUAGGUCUCUGGAUCCCGUGUGAGUGAUCCCUAACCUAACCUAACCUAACCUAACCUAACCUAACCUAACCUAACGAGUACUAUUGAUGAACUGCCUCGUACUCGAAGACGGUGAGCACUUUGAACAUCACCUUAGGCAAUUUUGCUCAAGACUUGGUACUACUACUAGGUCGCUUCUUCUAACUUCGGAGGCAAUUUUGCGCAGUCGGAUGUGGAAAACGUGGUGCAUUGCUCUGCUUCUGCAGCUAAGUUAAGGCUUCCACAAAUUCAUCUUGAAAUUCGUAUCUUUGCGAACUUUACCACUUCAGGAUGAAUAUUUGGAAGGUCUAACUCAGGCGAAGAGUGAACUCGCCUGUCUAUUCCCGGAAGGCAUGAUGAGCCACAUGGAACGCACUCUGUGCCUCUUGAAGCCGGAAGCGGUCCCGGAAUGCGCCGCCAUCGAGUUGGCGUUUAAAAAGGCAGGAUUCGCUGUCACCAAGAAUAUGGCAAGAGAAAGAAUUUUUGCUUAUAAUUAUGAUCCUAAAGACGAGGUAGUUGUGGUGAAGCAGUUUUCUCAACUAGAUCUCUACUGCGAUAUGGUUCCAAAUGAGUUUCAUCAACCUGCACCUACUAGGCAUUAUGUACCUACUUCUAGGAUGAUGCAGGAGGUUCGAUCUGCUCGCUGAAAUUUUUAGAAAUACGUCUUGAAAAUCCUCAUUCCCAAUCUAGUAAUCUUCUCUCCCCCUUUUCAUGCUCAAAGAGGCCUUGGUGUUGACGGAGGUUCGUGCGGAGGCUUUUUUGACCCAGAACAGCAAUCAUUUGAACGCCGCACAAAGGAAGGCGAAGAUUCGCCACUUCACAAGUGGAACACUGGUUGCAUUCGUCCUGGUAUGGCUGGGUGAUGAUUUCAUGUGGGAAAUGAAUCUCUCUUCUUUUUUAGUACUAUCCAUUUUCUCUUUCUGCUUUUCAGCAUUCAUUUCUGAGUCAUCGAUCUUAUUUCAGUUCGAUCCUUCCUCCCUCUUUUUCUCGUAUUAUAAUUACGUCCUUUCUUCUCUUCUCAUUCCCUCACACAUCUGCUUUCCGGAUCACCUGUGAUGAUGGGUAGUAUUUCUCUCUCUAAUCCCUACUCGUGUUGGUGCUGUGGAAACGCUGAAGCAGUUGGUGGGUCCAGAACAACCUAAGGUCGCGGAGAGUAUCAGCGGAGAUUUAUUGCGCGCCAAAUACGGCAGAGAUGCUCUGAGGAAUGGCUUUUAUUGCUCGGACACAGCGAAAAUCAGCAGCAUCGACGUCCCCUUUUUCUUUCCGGAACUAGGCAUGUUCAACUUCCCGAGUGAGAGUCAGGUAUUUUUUAUUACUGACAUACUUACUCCAUAGAAAUACUGACUUUGAACAGUCCUAGGUAAACUUCAUUAUUCCUUCUCUGUGGGAAUCAUUUGGCAAUUCUUCAUAUUUUAUUUCUUAGAAGUAGGGUCAGACUGGAGGUUACAUGACGAUGAUGAUGUUCUUUUUCCUAUGGAUUUGGCCUGUGUAGUACUACGACCUCGACUUCUUCGUCGACCACUGUACCUCACUUUUAGCUACAUCUUCUAGGUGACCGACUACUUCUACCGCAAGACUGCGGUCGCUGACAUGCAGUUGCCGGAUAUCGGCAACUCUGUGCUGUUGGACACCACAGUGCAACAGUUUGUGUCUGAAGGACUCCUGGAAUUAGCGAGGAUCCGACAUGUUGGCGCGGAUGCCAUCACAUUUUUGGCCAACUACCUGCGCGAAAACAAUCCGAACCGUGCCAAGAUCGUUCCGGAAUCUGUGCUCAGCGGUGCAACAUUAAGGCUCUUGGGUGAUUUGUUUCUCAGUGAUUUGGAUUUGUUCAUUCGUGGGGUAGUGCGAUAGUUUGUGUUGAUGUGGUGCAAUAGGAAUAGUUGGUCUCCAUGUUGCUUGUGUAGUAGGACUAGUUUGUGUCAGUUUCUAGUGUACUAGUCAGGCUGGUGAAUGCGUCAGGCUGGUGAAUGCGCUAUGCAUGAUGGCACUCCUCUAACCACUGACUUCGGCGAGGGAAAGACGGAAUACGUGAAACUCGGUACAGGAAUGACGGCUGAAGGAGAACUGUUUGAGGUAGAGGUGCCAGAGAAAGCCAAAUAUGACGUUAUGGAAAUCGAUGUGCGGGAUGAAGAAACGACGGGAAAGAAGGUAGUUAGAAUGUCCUUCUAGUAUGUUCCUGGUCUAAGUUCUGGAUUUGGAGGGGAGCCUUCUAUUGGAUUCCGUUCUAUGCUAAUUCUGUAAUUCUUGAGUGGUUCCGGUAUUUGGUAACCUGAAUUUGAUCAUAAGGGAAAACAAGAAGAGAACCCUUAGGAUCAAACUCAGGUUACCAAAUACCAGAACCAUACAAUUCUUCCAUUUGAUUUUUCGUUAGAGAAUAUAAAGAGUCGAAGAAAGGUAAUGAGAUGGACUAUCUUCUGUAUUGUGUUUUCAACCACCACACAAAAGGUUUCCUCCGCAGAAUUCGAUCGCACGCCUCUGGUCGUUUUUGUAUGUGGUGGCCCAGGCAGCGGAAAGGGCACAAACUUUAAGGCGGCUGAAAUGAUAUUCUAGAUACACACGUUGUUGCACAUUGUAUUAUUUAUCCUACUCUAUUCUUCUAGAUACACACGUUCUUGCACCUCUAGAAGUAGAGCAGUCAUUGUAUUAUUUAUCCGACCAACAUGUCAGAAUCGUCUUCAAUCAUGUAGUCUACUUACUUAUUCCAUUUUGUCCUGCUCUAAUCCUUGCGCCAGAAUUGCUGCUGAGUUCAACUACUGCCACUUGUCAGCGGGUGACUUGCUGCGGCAAGAGAUUGCCGCCCAGACGCGUCGUGGUAUGGAAUUACAGGGGUUGAUGGCUGAGGGGAAGCUUGUAUCCGAUGAAAUCACUAUCGACCUGCUGAAAAACGCGAUGUUGGCGAAUCAGGACAAAUUAUGACUGAGGAAUCUUUACAACUUUUCCCAUAUUAUAGAAGUAGGGGACAACAUCCUUCUUUCAGGAUGAAUUCCUGAAUUUUCAUCUUAUACCUUCUUCAGCAAGAACAGUAUUCACCAAGUGGUACAACUGGAAAUCCCCUGCUUCUGCAAAAAAAACUUCUGCAAAUCUUACAACGUCAUAUUCUAGUAGUCAAAUUAUAGAAACCAUCUAUUAUAGAAACCUCUCUCUCUAACCUGUUGUGGCUUCCUCGUCGACGGGUUCCCGCGAAGUGUGGAGCAGGCAGUGAAAUUCGAAAAAAACGUAGCGGAAUGCAAUAUGGUUCUCAACUUCGAUUGCUCGGAUGCCGUGAUGACAGAGCGCAUCCUGGAACGCGGCAAAACCAGUGGCCGUGCUGACGACAACCCGGAAACCAUCAAGAAACGCCUGGAUACGUUCUACUCUUAUGGUUGGACUCAACAUCCGGUCUGCUAAGUUGGUGGCUCAACAUCCGGUUGGAGUAGAUAGUGGCUCAACAUCCGGUCUGCUAAGUUGAUCAUAAUAGUCCCUCUUCUCCAUUAAAUAUAGAAGAUGAUCACUUACAACGUCGUAUUCUAUUAGUCAAAUUAUAGAAACCAUCUAUUAUAGAAACCGUGAUCAUCGUUUGCUCAUCUCCGUAAAGAAUCUCCGUUACUUCUUCUCUUAUCGGUCAACUGCAAAUGUCACUCUCUAAUCCAGCCAAACGAAGCCUGUUGUGGAUUACUAUAGGCAUAUGGGGCGACUGAGAUCCGUGAAUGCUGAUGGCGCUGUUGCAGAGGUGUACAACACGACCAAAAAGAUCUUUUUGAGUAAGUUCGUCUACUUAGUGGGAGCAGCCGGCGCACGCAUUGCCGAUGGAAUAGGCAGUUUUAAGAAAGCCAUGUAUCAACAUGCUAAAUAAGCUCUGGAGGAUUUGACUUAUUAAGUAGAAGACACAAGCUUUUGGUUGUUAUAUUCUCAUCUGUGGCACUGAAAGUUGUGAAUGCGUAUCGAGUCUUAACAGAAAAAGGAUUGGGAUUUGCGAAGUCUUCUUCUAUAUGUGAUGUUCUGGCUCGGCAUCUGAUAAUUCAUUGAGAUUAUGAAUUAAGAUUAACUACUACUUAGAACCUACCACUAGUGAACAAAAUUUUUUACACGAUCUUCACGAAAUAGAGAACUUCUAACUCACUCUGCGACGCUUCUGGCUACGCGCACAUUGAUGCACGUGCCAUCUACAAGAAGUUCAUCGUGAGCGCCCCUCCAGGAAAGGAACUGGAAGUGGAACGGGUAUUAUUUCUGCCGUGAUAUAUUAGGAUUACAGGCAGCACUUGAUGUUGACUACAAUCUAAGUAUUCAAGUGAGAGAAGUAUCUCGACAUAUAGAUACAUUCAUUCUAGGUCGUUCAGCAUCGAAAAAGAAACUCGGAGUCGGCGAUCGAAUAUCAAAGACCCCAACCAUUUUGAAUUUAGCUAAAGCUCGAACAUCAAACAACCCAACCUGCGAUCUUUUAUACACCCUAAACCCAGGUAAAGCAAGCCCUUGCAGACCGCAAAUUAGACCUGGUUCCGUCGCUCUGCUGUCCAUUGAUCGUUUCUGCAGUCAAGGAGAAACAACUGCAAGGAUGCAUGUCGUUUGUGUUCACUGACUUCCCACGAACCGAGGAGCAAAAAGCGUUCUUGGAAAGUCAGAUCUGUUCUUACUCCUCUGCAGUCGUGCUGGUUAUGAGGAGUAGAUGUAGUAGUUCCAUGAUAGGUAGAGACGGGGUAGACGUCGUAGUAGUUCAUCAUACUGGUUUGGUAGUAGAUGUAGUACAGUAGUGCAUCCUACUGGUGGAAUAGUACAGGAGUUCAUGAUACUGGCUUGGUAGUAGAUGUAGUUGUAAGAGUAACUCAUCAUACUGAUGUACUAACAGUAGAACUACUCAUCAUACUGAUUGGUAAUACAGUCAUCAUACUGCUGUACUAACAGUACAGCUUUCAUCCUGAUUGGUAAUACAUUCAGUAGAGUUAUUGUCCGGCUACCUAGAAGAUCCGAGAUCAGACUUCUUAGAAAUGAGUCCUGCAAUCCCACGAGCUCUAAUCUCCACUACGAGCGACGCAGCGCAGUGGAGCUUGGCAUUUCCGCUGGAUUGACCCAGGCACAAGUAGAGACGGACGACCGCGAGCUAAACGGUGAAGCCAUGGGCAAGUUGCUUGCCUCCAUCUCUAACGUGCAGAGAGUGCUUAAGGCUAGGUUUUGAAUAACGUCCAAAGAGUACAUAAAAUUCCUCAAUAUGGAAUACUAUUUCUAACGUCCAAGAAAGACUACUGAGGGCGCGUGGUAGAAUACUGAAUGUUGAAGUUUUUUCAAAUUGAAGGACUGUCAGAACUAAUGAAGAUAUUGAAUUUUUCUUUUGUAACAUCACAUCUAAUGUUCCCAUGGAGUUAGCAAGAGUGGCAUCGUCAGAACUACCCCGCGCACUGAAGAUGCAGACCGCAGAAGCUAUUAAAAAAGCACUUCGACCGAAGAUGACAUUGUGCAUCGGACCUCCAGGCUGCCAUCAGAGAGCGUUUUGUUAUGGCAAGAAGUUAGCUUUUCUGGUGAGUCUCUUCGUUUAACUUUUCUGUGUGGAGGCUCUAGUACUUGCUGACUAAUUCCCUCAGUGCUUGCUGAGUCUCUAGUACUUGCUGACGCACAGAGUGACUCUAGUACUUGCAGACUAGUUCGCACAGAGGCUGACUACUUGCUCGCUAAUAAUGGUAAGUACUUGCUGACUACUAAAAAUCCCUCGGCCAGUAUUCGAAUCCCUCAACUCGUACUUAUACUGACUCAAAUAUCUCAGAUCUCCUCUAAUCCUUCAAGGCGUGGGCGGAUCGGCUCGCUAGUGCGACUCCUGUUGAUGUUGACGAGGUUUUGGACAAGGAAUUGGAGAGACAGACCGAUACCGGUGUCCUCAUGCACAAUAUGUUGAGCAAAGGUACUAAAUGUUCUUUUUUAUCAUUUUGCGAGGCUUGUUCCAUAAUCUUUGAAAAUCUUCCAUAAUCUUUGGUGUUGGAGCUGACAUGAUCUUUCUAUAUUCAGCGACUGUAGUGCACCACUCUCGUUGAAAAUCUUUUACUGCGGUGAAAGGAGCAGGAUUUCCCUGUUUGCUCCAAUAUGCUCUUCGCCAUCCUUCAUUUAACGACUAUAUGCACCACCCUCGUUGUAGUUACUACACCAGGUCAACUUGUAAAGAGUCCGCUGACAUCCAUCUUCUAACGACUACCACCGUUAACCACAGGGUAAGCACUCCUAAAAACUACACCAGGUCACGUCUCAUCCCUCGGACGACUCUCACUUCAGGUCAAGUCAUCCCGCUGACGACUACGUUCGCUUUGUUAUCGAAGUUGGCGCGGUUUGGGUGUGAUUCUCUCAUAGUUGAGAACUUGCCCACUAAUGCUGAUGAGAUUAGAUAUUUGGCGGAAGAAUUCGAUAUCUCGGCCGUUUUCUCCCUCAUCCCUCAGGGUGAAGAUUCUCAUAACCACUGGAUGACUCAGUUCUUGGAGAAAAAGAAGGGAGAAGGUACUUGGAACUGAGUGUUAGUUUGAGGUGUUAUGAUGGAUUAUCAAAAAGGUCCACAAGAAUGUUUCAGGUUACUAGUAGAUCCAGGUUACUAGUAGAUCAUCAUCAACGUUUUCUCAAGUGCUAGCGCUAGUUGUAACCCUUAAAUCUUUCUGUUAUGAUAAAUUAUGAGAACUUCCAAAGAUAUUAAGUUCUUCUCAUACCGAUUUGUUUCUUUACGACGACUUAGAAAAAGGCAUCCACCAGGCCAUGCGAAGAGACAAAGCAUUACAUUCUUCAUCAUCUUCAUCAUCCCGCUACUAAAUCUAAAGUUGAAAGUGAUCAGAUAGUACAACAGAACAACAACAACUACGACAACACCCCAGGCCACGCUCUUAUGGACUACGAGAUCAUGUUUUCGGAUCGCAUGGAAAAUCUGACACUUGUGCACAAUACUUUCUCAGCUGGUGGAGAGGUCAACGUUUACCCACUAGACAUCACCAUCCAAACAACCGCAGAAGAGGUCGUAGACCUGGCGUUAGCGGCUUUGAAGUACUACUACUUUUUACUAACCGACUCCUAUGUUUCUUUCUUGUAUAUUCUGGUGUUUAUACCUUUUCUCACACUGAUUUUGUUUUCGCAGGACCACCGAUCACAUUUCCACGCGUAUGCGAUGACGCAGCAUGGAAACAAACAUUGUAUGACUUCACUUAUAAAUUACUCAUAUGGGACGACACCGUAUCUUCCUAUGUCCUAUGUUAUCCUAUCCUAUGUGCUAUCCUAUCCUCAUUCAUCGGUCACCCGUAAAAACAACAGGGCUAAAUAUGUGUUGCUUACUGGAGUUCCAGUAUCUGGAGUGAAAGAGGUGGCUGCUGGCUUAGCCGCCAAGUAUUCUCAGAUCUGCACCUGCACCGCUGAGGACAUCGGCUUCGUUCCGGGAACCGAGACGAGCAAGUUCAUCGAGUCCCUGUCUUAUGGUGUUUGGAACGUGUGCUUAGGCAUAUGCUAGGGUAACUCUAGUUUCUUGGAACCCAUGUGCUAGAGGAUUUACUAGAGUAUAUACUAGAGGAUCUACUAGAGGAACACUUCUAGUUUCUUGGAACCCAUGUGCUAGAGGAUCUACGAGAGUACAUACUAGAGGAUCCACUAGAGGAACACUUCUAGUUUCUUGGAACCCAUGUGCUAGAGGAUCUACGAGAGUAUAAAGUAGAUGAGUAACUACACUGGAUCGUACUGCAACGCAUGUAAGUAGAUCAUGUUCUCUGAGGAUAUACUAGAGGAUCUACUAGAGUAACACCUCUACAUUUCGAGUUGUGUAUACUAAAGUAGAUGAGUCUGCAGCUACUUCAAGGUCUUGAAGCCUUCUUCUUGCUCCGCUUACCUAUUCCUAUGCAUAUGUGGAACAGGGGAACUGGAUCGUAAUGCAUGUAAGUAGAUCAUGUUCUCUGACGCAUUACGCUCAUUUCUUGAGGGGACUCAAGACCGAUACUUCUAAUUCUGAUCCUUCUUCCACGCACAUGCGAAGGCUGGAGUGACCUUUGUGCUGGCAGGACUUCCAGUGAAUAGUGAGCAGGCGCUAGCGCUGAUCGAAAACUUUUUAAGGCGUGUAGUCGAUUUUUUCUCUACCACAAUUACUUCCUUUUCACUGAAAAGUAGCUAAGUAGGAGCUAUGUAGAUUAGUAGAUGGAAUCCUAUCUACUCUACCGCAUAGUUCCCAUCUACUCUACCGCAUAGUUCUUGUUAGGAAUACUUUAUUUCGCUGAAGAGACCACGAACAACAACAGCUAUUCCACGACUUAGUAGUACUUUGUAUUUGAGACUGAAGAAGAUAGACACCACGGCCCCCAACAACGAUCUCGGCAUGCUGCUCGUGAAACAAAAUAUAGAAAUAAGGGACAACCAACUUUGUUGUUCUAAUUUUCGGUGCGCCUCUCGCAGCUUAUUACUUCAAAGGAAGCAAAGAUGUUCUCUGGGCCAGAGCUGAGGCGCAGAAUAGUGCUCUGGAAGAGCCUCUGUCGCUGGAUGCAGAGUCAUGGGGUGCCGAGUUCGAGGCUCAAGAGCCGAUCUUGGAUGGAAUUUUGGAUUGCCUAGCAGAAAAAACUGGCGCCACUGGAGGAACAUUGUAUAAGAUUAUGGCGGAUUUUAAUUCUCGUGACGGAUGAAUAUAGCAAAAGAAUAAGAUGAUAAUUGCCCUUUAGUUUUCUUCUUUCUAUCUUCCUCUGGUCUUUCUUUUUUCUAGUUAGGUCGGCUCCGCCACAAAUAUAGCAAAAGAAUAAGAAAGUCCUUGAGGACCCAGCGGGAUGAACAUUGGAAUCAAAGAACAUCAUUAUAGCAAAAGGAUGAAUAAGGGUUCAAAUCUAGAUGUUUCAAGAGAGCGACUUUACUUACUUAAAUAACUUGUUUUCGUAAAAAUGAUCAUAGACAGUUUUAUACUCCAUUGUACAUUGUACUCCAUGGUACAUUGUACUCCAUUGUGUAUUGUACUCCCUGUUUGCACUCCAUGUAGUUUGUCUUAGCCUCUAAGAAAACCCUCGAAGCCGAUGUCGAGGAUUACGCAACGAAGUACGUGGAGACCUGCUCAGAGAAGUUCGUCAAGAAAUGCGUGCUGUUGUUAAGGCCCUCUUUAUCUACUUUUCACUCAUUUUCCUGUUUUAUUCCUUUUCAUCUAGUGGGAAGCCUACUGGAAUCUCUUGAUUAAUGCUAAUACUCUUGAGAAAGGGAACAUGAACACCUGCACCUGUGCGGAGGCAGUAAGAGAGUUAGACCACGAGGAAGAGCACUAUGCUAGGCGCAGGACUCUGAAACGCAAAGGUUAUUAGCUCCCAGCGCGACAAUCUGUAAAAGCUAGUAGGUGUCUUAUUAUAGGUCACCAAAAAGUUUUUACCUCUAAUCCUAGUAGCCCCAAGUGGAAAGGAUUUGCCAGCAGUGGUCGGCACAUACCUUGCGAACAAAAUACCCGAUGUAAAACUCUGCGAUAUGGGAAAUUUGGUACUACUAAUAGACUCUGUUGAUCAUCAUGAGUGACCUCGUGAUAAUCAUGAUAUUCUCUUCCCCGAAUUGGAGUUGUAAUAUCAAAUUUCACGGCCUCCUCAUAAUCCGCAACAUACAAGGUCGUGUCCACCUCUAUGUCUUACCUAUUUGACUAGUACAUCCCAAAAAUCCCAUCUAAGUACGCUUUUUCUUUCCUGCAACUUUGCUAGAACGUUCCUAAACCCUAAACCCUAACCCUAAACCCACACAACAGGUGUCUUCGGCGUCAUCGCUGCUCUCUCCAGCUCUUGCGGAGAAGUUUGCGGGUGAGCUGUGCCGAGUGAGUCAAGGCCUGAGCGCUCCAUCAGCUGCACUUUGCGGCGCCUUGCUCACAGCAACUGCGGAGAAGAACGCUUGCACGACGCUGAUCUUAACGAAUUUUAUGGCUUGUUUGAUGUGUGCCUUGUUUGUCGUGGUGGAUACCUCUUUCGUACAGACUCUCUAUGUGAUUUUGAAAAAAUAGGAGGAACCUUUCCUAUUUAGUCACUAUAGUGUCUGUGUUUCUCGCUAGAAAUGUCACUAAAUAAAACAACCGGUUCGUUUUUACCUCUAGCGUGCAGCCCUUCCAACAAUAUAUCCAAGCAUUCUAAGAACCACCUUUCGCUGUGCGGCGGCUCCUAUCCCAGUGUCCGAGACCUCAUGGACACCCUGGUUGGCGUGAUGGAGCUGCAGAAGAUUGUGUACUGCAAGUUCCAGAACGCGGACGGUUCCGUCAUGGCUGAGGCUCUUUCAGAGCUAGCAGAACCUGAGGAUCUCACUCCCACGUUCCAGGCUGUGGAGUACCUGGCGGCCAAUUGCAGCGACCUUCUAGUGGAGUGCGUGCCUGACAUGGAGACCGAUUUUGAGUCGACACACUACGCGGCAAGGAUCACGGCAGCACUGUCCCUCUAGAAGAGCAAGAUGCUGUGACUUCACUGAAGCAACGAUUGAUGUGAUCCUAGAAGAUGUCGGCUUUGCUACGAUUGAGGCCAUUCAUCUAGAAGGUCAAAAUUAAUGCUUCUCAGUAGGUGAGAGGAGGUGCCAAGACUAAUGGACUACAACAGAUGAUUCCACAAGAACACAGCAAGUGUCUAAUUCCUGAUCAUGAUUUUCUCAGCCGCGAAAGGAAGAGGUAAAUGUGCUUCGAAAUCAAUGAACAUCGAUCCAGUCGUCCCGCCCUACAAGUACAACUAUCAGAAUCACAGACCACAACAUCAGCAUUGCAGCUGCUCUCAACUUGAUGAUAAAAAUUGAUGUUCUUAUGACCAGUCCAUUCUUACCAAAAAUGACCGAUGCUACGUCUGUCAAACUCAAAGUCAAAACAAUUUUGAACUCGAUCGCUAUACUAGGAUUUCGCUAAAGGAUUUAUCUAAACGCAAAACAUUUAUUUUAGUUACUCUUUCAUCUAUUGAUUACUUUCAUCCACUAACUUACUAAAAAAUGCAAUAAGAUUUAAUAGUUUGUGAUGGUCUUAAUUUUUACAGAAGUCAAACAAUGCUCGUCCUGCUCUGGUACCUUGAUGCCAGUAGACCUUUCUUCAUUGAAUCAACUAGCUAAGUUACAACGAAAAAAAUACAUCACGAUGAAGUUACAACGAAUAAAAUACAUCACGAUGAAGUUACAACGAAAAAAAUACAUCACGAUUAUCUUCACGUAAUUGCGUCUUCACGUAAUUGCGCCUUCACGUAAUUGUACAACUUUCAACUUCUAUUUUCCUCGUAUGAUUCAAACUAUG